GCCCGUCCCCCCGCGCCUCUGGCGGAGGCUGGCUCGGGGCGAGCUCCUCCCCGAGCAGCAGCGGGCGCGGCCCUUCCCAGCGCGCCGACCGGGGUUUAGGUGGGGUCUCGGCUCCCGCGUCCUGCACACCACCAGGCCGGUGGCCGUCGCUCGGGCCCGGGUGACUCUCCUCGGCUGGGCCGCCCGCGCUACCAGGACCAUGCUGCGCUGGCUGCGGGGCUUCGUGCUGCCCGCGGCGGCCUGCCAGGACGCUGAGCGGCCGACGCGCUACGAGACCCUCUUCCAGCAGCUGGAUCGCAACCGGGACGGCGUGAUCGACAUCGGCGAGCUGCAGGAGGGGCUCAGGAACCUGGGCAUCCCCCUGGGCCAGGACGCCGAGGAGAAAAUUUUUACUACUGGUGAUAUCAACAAAGAUGGGAAGCUGGAUUUUGAAGAAUUUAUGAAGUAUCUUAAAGACCAUGAAAAAAAAAUGAAGUUGGCAUUUAAGAGUUUGGACAAAAAUAAUGAUGGAAAAAUUGAGGCUUCCGAAAUUGUCCAGUCUCUCAAGAUACUAGGUUUAAAUAUUUCUGAACAACAAGCAAAGUUGAUUCUUCAAAGCAUUGAUUCUAAUGGGACUCUGACAGUGGACUGGAACGAAUGGAGAGACUACUUCUUAUUCAAUCCUGUUACAGACAUUGAGGGAAUUAUCCGUUUCUGGAAACAUUCUACUGGUAUUGACAUAGGAGAUAGUUUAACUAUUCCGGAUGAAUUCACGGAAGAGGAGAUAAAGUCCGGACAGUGGUGGAGGCAGCUUCUGGCAGGAGGUAUUGCUGGGGCUGUCUCUCGAACAAGCACUGCCCCUUUGGAUCGUCUGAAAGUCAUGAUGCAGGUCCAUGGUUCAAAAUCAGGCAAAAUGAACAUAUAUGGUGGCUUUCGACAGAUGGUAAAAGAAGGAGGUAUCCGCUCCCUUUGGAGAGGAAAUGGUACAAAUGUCAUUAAAAUUGCUCCUGAGACAGCUGUAAAGUUCUGGGCAUAUGAGCAGUACAAGAAGUUGCUUACUGAGGAAGGACAAAAAAUAGGUACCACUGAGAGAUUUAUUUCUGGUUCCAUGGCUGGAGCAACUGCACAGACAUUUAUUUACCCUAUGGAGGUUCUGAAAACCAGGUUGGCUGUAGGCAAAACCGGCCAGUACUCUGGACUCUUUGAUUGUGCCAAGAAGAUUGUGAAAUAUGAAGGCAUGGGAGCUUUUUACAAAGGUUAUAUUCCCAAUUUAUUAGGCAUCAUACCUUAUGCAGGUAUAGAUCUCGCUGUGUAUGAGCUCUUGAAGUCCCACUGGCUGGAUAAUUUUGCCAAAGACUCUGUAAACCCUGGAGUCAUGGUGUUGCUGGGAUGUGGCGCCCUAUCCAGCACCUGUGGGCAGCUGGCCAGCUACCCCUUGGCUUUGGUGAGAACACGCAUGCAGGCUCAAGCCGUGGUGGAAGGAACCCCACAGCUGAACAUGGUCGGCCUCUUUCGACGAAUAAUUUCCAAAGAAGGGAUCCCAGGACUUUACAGAGGCAUCACCCCAAACUUCAUGAAAGUGCUCCCCGCUGUAGGCAUCAGUUAUGUGGUUUAUGAAAAUAUGAAAGAAACUUUAGGAGUAACCCAGAAAUGACAUGUUGAAUUUUUUACCUUAGCAUGAUUAUUGAAAAUUUCAAUAAUCUCUAGAGUGACUUUUUCUUCUAGAAUUGCAAGUCUAUGGCAAAGUAAUCUGUAUUUUUUUUCACAAAAGGGACCAGCAUAUCAGUGAUCACUUUAAACAUUUGGGCUCAAUUUUAUAUAUACAGAAUUGUUAAAAAUCAUAGUUUUGAUAAGCUCAUGUAAUUUUGAAAAGGCCACAUAAUUGUAUUCCAUCUUUUUCUUUUGUCUUUUUUUUUCCUUUUUCAUUUCCUUGAAAUAUUUACAGUGGUGGGAGAGGAGGAGGAGACUUGAAGGGGAAGACAUAUCCCUAGGGAAAGAUCCAAGCCCAGGACCCAGUCUCCGGGGAGAUCCAGAUCCAAAAUCUGUUCCCCAGAUAGCGGGAGCCCACAGGACUGGGAACUGCCCAAAUAUGGGCACCCCUAUUGCUGGGGGCCCUGUGGGGAGUUGUGCUUCAUCAGGAGUCACCCCAAUGGAAGGGGUCAUUGGGUGCACUUGAGUAGGGCUGAGGGAGCAGGUGUGCUGGGGAGGCAGGGGUGAAGAGUGGAGGGAAGGAGCUUCAGAGAAAAUUCUGCCUUUAAACCACCAGCCACAAAUGCACAUUCCACUCGCCCUGGGGCUUUCUCCUGAGCCAGAGGCCCCAGUCUCCAGGGAACAGGGAAUUGCAGUGCAGGAGAAACCUGUCCAUUUGUCUGUCCUUCUGCUCCUGGUGCAGCCCAGCAUUUCUGGUGCACAAAGAGGAGCAGCUGACAGAUUCCAAUAUUUUGUCUUUUCUUAUUAGUCCUUUCUACAAACCUCUGCCUUGAAUCCUAAAUCUGAAACAUGUGCUUGUUUGAACUACAUUCAUUUUGUGUGGUAGAAAUCAUUCAUCUUUAUUUUGGAUGACUCAAGUUUAUGCCAGUUCCUUUGUACUUAAUUAUCUUUUUCUUAAAAAAAAAAAAGAUGAUCAGAAAACCUUGAAAUUUAAAUUGUUUUGUAUAUUUUGAAUGUCUUUAUAGACGUCUUAAAAUGUCCUUGUAGAGACAUAAUAGAAAAUCAUUGCCUGAAAACAUACCUACAGCAGCCAAAUAAGUAUAGGGUUUAUAUCCUUAUCUUUCUUUAAGCUGAAUAAGAAUGAACGUUAAGUGGCAGAAUUUCAAGGCAUAAGAAUACGCUGGUCCAUUCACAUCACUUUCGUAUAAGGAGGAGUGUUGAAAUAGUUUUCGUUUAUUUCAGUGGCCUUUUAACAUUUUUCUUGCAUUGUUAUUUGGUUCCUGAGAUGAUGAUACACUGACUGUCAGUGUAUUAUUGUUACAAUAUCACCACGAGGCAGUUUAUUUGAAAGAGUCUGUUUAUUCUGGCAUUGCUUCGAAAAGCCCGAGGAAGCAAAACCUUUUUACUUAUAUGCACUUUUAAAGAGCAUCUCUCUUUUCUUUGUCCUUUGUUUCCUACUUGACUCAGAUUUUGUUUUAAUCAGGCAGGCUUCUGGGACCUUUCUUGGUAAUCUGAAAUUAGUUUAUUACAUGAAUUGGGUUAAUCAUGGGCGAAUGACAUUCUCAUUUUCCCCUCACUGCUGAAUUUCUCUGAAACUACAAUUCUCAAUUUGAGCAGCACAAACCUUAGUACAUAGUAGCAUAUCUUAAUUUUAUAUAUUAGGUACAUGUAUUUAAAUGAAAGGCCCAAUUUAUAAAUAUAUACAUUCGUAUUCUGUCUUGCCCCAAGUCUUAAGAACAUGUUAUGAUGUAGAUAAUGUAUAAGAUCAGUAGCAUGUUUUUAUUUCACUAAAGCCAUUUUUGUAGUCAAGUACCUUUUCUGAUACAUGUGAUUAGACUUAGAAAAAUAUUUAUUAGUUAAGGUUAUUCUUACUGGUUUUUAAUUUAGUUCCUAAACUCAAGUUUGAUUUCUAGUAAUGUCUGUUAUAAAUUGCCAGCAUUUUAAUGAAAAUCUAAUGACAUAAUAGACAUUUACUUUAUUUGACAUACCUCUUAUGUUUUCUGAACCAAAACAUACCUCUUAUGUUUUCUGAACCAAAAAGAAAUGUUUGACUUGUUCAUUAUAUUAGUUUUGCCUGAUAAAUGCCUCGGUAUUUUUAUAAUGCGUAUUAUAAGGAUGGGACUCUAUCUCCAGGGCUGUUUGUACUUUUGAGUAAUACGUAAGUGACAAUGGUAAGCUAUAUGACUAACUCUUUCUGUUUUUACCCAUAAAAAUUAUGGAAUGAACAACUGAAAUGUCAAGCUACUGAAAAAUCGUCAUUGUUCAUUAUGAAUUUAAAUUGUUUGCUUUUUAACAUUUGUAAGGUAUGAAUGUGAUUUAUCUGUGCAUCUUAUAUCUUUUGAAAAAAAUGACUUUGUAUUCUUUUUAAAAGAGCUCGGAGUUGAAGAUAGAUUACUUCUGGCAUUAUUGCAUACUUACUUUCCAUUUAUAUUAAAAAUGCACACACACACACAUAAAUAUUUGUUUUUGAAAUGACGUGUUUCCUCAUUUUUAAAAAAUUGGGUAACUAUGGAAAAAAAAUGGCUGUGUCACACAGCUUAUAUCACCGGCAACGGCUUGAAUAAUACUUUUCAUUUCUGACUCCAUAUAGUCUUAACAAAUAUUUUGGCCUUUCCUGAAUAGCCACAGCAGUUAUUGUUUCUAUCAUACAUUUUGGCAUAAGAUGAUGUUUUUGAUGAUGUCAUAUUCCAUAUUUACUAAUUGGGGAUAUACCCCUUGGGGUGCAUAGUGCCAAGGAGAAUCCAAAGUCACAGGAUUUCUUGCCACAUUUUGGUGGAAUAUCAGUUUGUCUUGAAGUCGUGGGAAACAAAAGCUAAGUAAAUUUACUAGUAAGUAAUUUAAAAAAUGGUUAUAAUUCAGACGAUAAGUACAAAAUUUAAUUUUAAAAUAUAAAACACAGAAAAAGACUGCAAAGAAAUUUCUGUAAUCCAACUCGAAUACCACCCAGAUUCCAAGAUAACCUCUAAGCCUCUUUCUGCUCUCAGGAACCCUUUGUUAGAAAAAUGCUGCUGGAUUUAUUUCUUGCCUCUUACUUAGUAGGUGUAUUUACUACACUCCUACUGUGUGCUGGGCACUUUU